AUGACACCAUCAAUCAUAUGUGGUGAACAACCUGCUGGGACACCUCCAGCCACGAAAGUGCCAGCACUGGAUAUCCUCGAUCAUUACUUGGCUACCCCCGCGGAAGACUGUAAAGGUUUCACCGAGAAAAUAAACCUACCAUACUGUUUUAAAACUUCCAACGAGGCCAAAUUUAUUGAGUCUUAUGCUCGACUUGUGUCGGGCUGUACUGGUGCAGACGAGGUCGCUUUCAUCCUUGCCCGGGGUUCGGAGUCUGAGACAUCAUUGUCCUCCAUUUCAGUUGUCUCUGCCGUGAUUCAUCAUGGAACUCUGCAAGCGGGUGAGUCUCUCAUGCCCCGCUGGGAUGAAUUGGAUCUGUCGUUCUGCCAGGAAGACGAGAUACAAUUCGCUCUGGACUUGCGCACAUCCGAUCCUGGUGACGACCCCAAGCUAGAAAGACAAGAUUUGUUCAUCCUCCAUAUUCGACCAAGCGCGGCAGCAAACACGGUUACUAUCCAUAUCUCCUAUCCUUCUGAACGCAUCCCUGAACAAGCGGCCACGCAACUUCUCAGAGUCUUCAUUUCACAAAUUGUCCCUGGCACUGAAUUUGGUGAUCACCUUGCCCCCCAGUCUUCUGUUGUCAACCACCCCCCUCUGCUAGAACCACCUCCUCGAUUCAGUAGUAAUUGGGAUAUUGCCACCAGAGCGACUCAUCUACAUGCGGGCUUUGAGUAUUGGGCUUUCAAAACUCCAAACUCUCCCGCUGUAGAUUUCGUCUUGUCCCUCUCGAACUCGAAGGAGCCCGCGCAGCAUCAAGUCUUGAGCUACGGUAUACUCAAUAACGCCGCUAAUUAUUUGGCCUCCUGCCUGGUCGGCCUGGCAUCUCAAGAUACAAUUACAGCAGAUCAAUAUGUUCUCCCAGUCUACAUGUCAACUUCUCCUGAGUUGUAUAUCUCCUACCUUGCCAUUCUCAAAGCCGGCUUCGCAUUCUCCCCGCUACCCAUGGAAGCUCCCCUUGAACGGGUACGAGAGCUCAUCCAGGACAUAUCACCUCCUGUUGUGCUCGGUAUCGGUGAGAAGCCAGACGCAUGGGCCGAUCAAGGUAUCCAGGCGACCCGGAUUGAUGUUAGUCGGAUGUCUAGAUGGACAACUCUGUCAAAUCUAGACACGUCGGUUACGAAUGCAGAGUGCAAUUUUCAGCCACGGCCAAUUUCCAGCUGUCAGUUGGCUUAUUUGCUUUUCACCAGCGGAUCGACUGGCAAACCCAAGGGAGUUCAAGUAUCUCAUUCAGCAGCAGCCUGCUCGAUUGGGUCACACUCAACAGCUAUUGUUCUUCCAGAACCACAAAAUGGCAGUUUCCGCUGGUUUCAGUUUGCAGCGCCCACCUUUGAUCCAUCCAUCAUGGAAAUCUUUGUCACCUUGAGCAACGGAGGAACGCUAUGCGCCGCACCGCGGAACCUGACUUUAACAGACCCGGAAGGGACCAUCAACGAAGCACGGGCAACCAUAAUGAUGGCUACGCCUAGCUUAGCUGCGUUGUUACGACCAUCUCGCCUCCAGACACUGAAGUCCCUAUGGUGUAUGGGUGAAAAGCUGAAUCGAACUGUGAUCGAUAACUUUGGCCUUCGAUCACCAGAUACUACUUAUACCCUAGCCAAUUUCUACGGACCGACUGAAGCUGCCAUUAACUGCACAUUUUUGGCACCGGUCAAGUACUCAGUUCGGGGGUCAAUCAUUGGUGAAGCUCUUCCAACAUGUUCUAUGUUUAUUCUGGAUCAUAGGAGCCAAGUACCCAAAGUGAUGCCGACUGGAUUUGUCGGAGAGCUUGCCAUAGGGGGCCCUCAAGUAAGCAAAGGGUACUUGCAUCAACCUGAAGAGACGGCCAAGGCUUAUAUCUCAAGCAUGGAGUACGGUCGGCUGUAUCGAACUGGUGAUAUGGCGCGUAUUGUUUGGGAUGAGUCUGGCAGACAGCUUAUCGAGUUCCUUGGACGAAUCAGCUCUGAUCAAGUCAAACUGAGCGGCCGUCGUGUCGAGCUGGGCGAGAUCGAGUCGGUUCUUGCCACUGUACAUGGAGUGACUGAGUUGGUCGUUGCAGUCUCCAAAUCGAGUGGUAAUCGGGAGGGAAGUGACCAGAUUGUUGCCUGCAUCGUGACGAAGACGCAGUCAUCAGAUGAAAGGCAGGUUAUUGUUGACAGCUGCUCUCGCAACAGUGACAAGUUCUUACCUGCCUACAUGCGACCUUCAAGGUACAUCUUCCUUGAUAGUCUGCCGCGAUCCAGCUCUGGGAAAGUCGAUCGCAAGAGAGUAUACUCCGAGAUAUCACAAUCGAACAGAUACCAUACGUUCAUUCCCUCAAGCGAGUCUCAGGAUCUGUCCACUACCUACGAUGAGCUUGAUUCAUACGACAAGCCAUUGCAGACCUAUACUCCGACUGUUCUCAUGGAAGCGCUAUGCGAGACGGUUGCCGAAGUAAGCUCUACUAUUAGUCCAGAAACAUCACUAGCCUCGCUUGGUUUGGAAAGCCUCGGAGCAGUGCGACUUCUCCAGAAGUUGCGAGAUCACUCUAUCAACGGCCUGGAAGUUGGAGACGUCCUCCAAUCUAGAACUAUUGGAGCUUUGGCAACCAAAGUUAGGCUCGCCUCUCAGACUGAAGGCUCGAGCUCAAAGAGUACUAUCGAUGAAGCACAACUUCGGAAGAGCCUUGAUUCAUUCGCCAAAAGAAACUUAUCGGGUUGUGCCAAGAGGCUUGGAUUACGUGAGGACCAGAUUCAGUCGGUGCUACCAACUACAGCGACACAGUCAGGAAUGCUUGCCAGCUUCUUGCGAGGUUCAAAUGCCACAACUGUUUCUACCCCGACCUAUAUCUACCAUUCAGUCAUGCCUGUUUGUGAUGGCGUUGACAUUGAAAGGUUGAAAAGCUCCUGGGACACUGUGAUGAGUAGCUACGACUCUUUCAGGACAGUAUUUUGCCAUCUGGAUGACAACAUGUCUCCUUUCGCUCAGUGUAUUCUCAAACCGGGAGGCGAUUUUGUCAAACCCACCUGGAGCACGUAUAGCGCUGGCCUGGCAUACGGCGAUUACGAUCUCGCUCUUGAGCAGGCCUGUCAAAAUGCCGAAGCCAAAAUUGAUAUUGGCAUGAAUCCUUCGCAUAUUUCGCUCGCCUCCUCCGCAAGCAAGUGUACUAUUGUACUGAGCAUGUUCCAUGGUAUAUUUGAUGGUGGUUCUCUUGAAAUCCUCCUGCAAGAUGUCACUGAUGCUUACCAAGGCAGGCCUGUGCGAACGCGCACAUCCUUGGAGCACAUUGUGCAUCGUCAUUUCUCGGCCAACUUUGAGGCAGCUGCGCGAUUCUGGAACAAGCAUCUAGAAGGGCAUUCGCCAGUUGGAUUCCCAUCUCUCACUCCGUAUCAACCUGGUUCAAGCUCCAAAACUCAGAUGGUCGAGGUCAACUCUCACAUUGGGAACAGCGAACUGAAAAAGGCAUCCAAGAGUAUGGGCGCCACGCCUGUCUCUGUCCUCCAAGCGGCGUGGGCUUCAAUUCUUCUGGCUUAUUCUGGAACACCAGAACAAGAUGUUGUGAUCGGAAGCGUAGUAUCAGGGAGACUGGAUCCACGAACUGAGAACUGCAUCGGUCCAACGUUUACCACCGUCCCCAUUCGCCUUAGACUGGAGGACGAACAACUCAAUGGGGUUGAGUGGACCAACCGCUCCGUUGCAGAGUCUCUUGUAGCAUCAAAUGCUGCAUCACUCUCACACCUUCAACCUCGACUUGGCUCAGUAGUCACAGCAGACGGCCGCCUUCAUUACGACACACUUUUGGCUUACCAAGACUUCAACACUGAGUCUGCAUCUGAAGGGCUCUGGACUUCCAUUCACCACCCUGCGAUGGAGAAUGACUUUGCGGUCAUGGUAGAAGCCUGGCCAGGAAAGGACUCGAGUCUGACACUCAGGGCUACUUUCAAUGAUUCAUACUUGGAAUACGACGCUGCUGAGCUAAUGCUCCGCGAAAUGAGUCUCAUCAUCUCUCGCAUCCUAAGUCAACCAGAGGAGAGCUUCUUGGGAAACCGUUUUGUUGGUGAUUUGUCACUAAGAUCCUGUCUUGAUCAAGUCAUAUCCCAAGAGAUUCCACCCAAUGCCCUCAUUCACUCUCAGUUCGAAGCUCACGCAAAGUCGGAUCCUGACGACCAUGCUCUACUUUUUAGAGGCAAUCUCUUCGACGGAGAUAGUCCAGCCAAUAUCUGCUGGACUUAUGCGGAACUGAAUGCUAAAGCCCAGUCCCUUGCAAACUUCAUGGUAUCUCACUUUGGACCAUUGUCAGGGACCAUUGUUCCUAUACACAUCGAGAAGAGCCCCGCGCUAUAUGUGGCCAUCUUAGGUACUCUGAAGGCUGGUGGCGCUUGGUGCCCUAUCGAUGUGUAUUCACCACCCCAACGUCGCUGCGACCUUAUUGGCCGAACUGAAGCACAGUUGAUUUUGACCUCAUCUCGCGACUGCAUUGGGAUGGAGGCAGCCUUACCGAACGGCGUUAUGACAGUCGAUGUGUUCCCUUUCACACAAGAAUCUGAUUAUUAUAUGGACGUCCAAGCUAGCGACUCACCUAUCACUGACCCAACCAAAACGGCAUAUAUGAUCUGGACCAGUGGUACAACUGGUAUGCCCAAGGGUGUACCCAUUAGCCAUUCGUCUGCUUUUGCAAGCAUCAAUUCUUUGAUCGAAGCAAUUCCCGGAACGAGAGAUGGACAGCCCGUUCGAUGUCUCCAAUUCUCCCAACCUACAUUCGACGUCUCUAUUCAGGACCUAUUUUUCACAUGGAGCUCUGGUGGGUUGUUAAUUUCGGCGCCUCGAGACGUGAUGCUUGGUUCAUUUGCGGAGCUCGCAAACGUGACCGGCGCGACUCAUGCUCACCUUACCCCUACGUUCUCUGCUGGUCUGCAGAGGAGUAGUUGCAAGACUCUACAGACCAUCACUAUGAUUGGCGAGAAGCUCCCGCAGCCUGUCGCUGACGACUGGGGACAGAACAUGAGAGCCUUCAACACAUAUUGUCCGGCCGAGGCAACAAUCGUUUCUACCCUUCGCGAGUUUGGAAACGAACAAAAUCAAGUCAAGAGCGGAAACAUUGGCUGGCCUUUGAAAUCCGUCUCCGUAUUUGUCACACAAGACAGUAAGUUCGUCAUGAAGCAUGCCGUCGGAGAACUGGCACUGGGUGGCCCUCAAUUGUCUCCUGGCUAUCUAAAGCAACCCGAGACAAACAAAGCAAAAUACGUGUGGAACGAGGAAUUCAACCAGAUUCUCUAUUACACUGGAGACCUAGUCCGUAUGCUUUCAGACGGUUCGUUGGAAUACAUCAAUCGAGCAGACGACCUUGUUAAACUUGGCGGUAUUCGUGUUGAACUCAGUGAAAUCAGCUUCUCCCUACGCCACUGUCACCCAUUGGUCGAAUCCAUCGAAACCAUGGUUCUCAAGCGUCCUGACAGACCAAACGAAGCUGUUGUGGCUUUCAUCGCUGCCCCACAAGCUGUCGAGCCUAGCCAACAAGUACAGACCAUCCUCUUGAACGACACUGCGAUUGGCAUUGCUCGCUCUGCUAUCAGGGAGGCAUCUGUCACUCUCCCAGGUCAUAUGAUUCCGUCUACCUUUGUCGUUGUUCCGAGCAUCCCCAAAACGCAGUCAGCCAAAGCCGAUCGACGUGCGCUUCAGGCUCUGUACACGAGCUUGGACGUGGACGGCUGGGAGGCAGCUUGCCAUACUCGGGAUGAGAAUUACGAAGCACCAAGUGAUGAGAUUGAUAGUGAUUUGAAGAAGAGCAUCAUCUGUAACAUUUCAUCCCUGUCUAGCGUCCCGGUAACUUCUUUCAACGAGUUGAGUAGGCUUCGCGGUUUGGGCAUCGACUCCAUUAGAGCCAUUCGCCUUGCCUCACGCCUAAACGAAGCGGGUUACCGCAUCUCCGUUGUUGAUGUCCUACAAUGCGAAACUGUCAAAGACCUGAUCCUUUUGGCUGGUUCAUGGUCGGAGGCUUGUCAGGCGGAGGAUUUGUUUGAUCUCGAGCAUUUCAAUCGGGAAUGGCACCGAGACGUGUCGGUCUUGGUUUCGGGGAGCUUCUUCGUUUGCCCCGCAAGGGCCAUUCAAGAGAGUUUCCUUAGCGAGACACUGACAACUUCGGAGAUGUAUUGGAGCCAUCACUCCUUCAGUCUUCACUCAGACAUAGACAUUGGAAAACUCAAGCAGGCGCGGGACACUGUCUGUCAGAACAACGAGGCGCUUCGGAUUGGUUUCCUUCCGGUUGCAGCCACUCAGAAGGAGGGUUUUAGCCACAGAGAUUAUUUCGGCGUCUUACAAAUCAUUUAUGAGCAACACGAGGUUGACUGGAAGUACAUUGAAUGCACAAACAAGAGUUAUCGACAAGACUUGCACCAGAGAAUUGUCGCACUUCUGAACGAGCAUCAAUCAAGUUAUUUCCAGCAUCCGCCGUGGGCUGUCACCAUCAUGGACAAUGACGGAGAGAAAACCAUGGUUUUCUCUGUCCAUCACGUCUUACACGACGGCCAGUCACUUGGGUACAUCACCAGUGAUGUCUGCUGUGCAUACGGCGCUGAGGUGCCCAGCAGGCCUCAACUCCGGAACGUUCUGCCUCUCGUGCUCCCCAGCAACAAAGCGUGUCUCGAUGCUCAGAGUUUCUGGGAACCAGAACUUGCUGAGUAUGCAAAACUUGAAGUCCCUUCAUGGCCGGACCUCACAGGGGAGAGAACCACGCCUGGGCAAGCAAAGCACCGCAAUUUCAUCACCGAGACAGUUCGGCUUUCAUUUCCUGUCUCGCAAUUAGAAGCAACGGUUGCUGGACUCGGUGUUUCAUCCAUCGCAUCUGUUGUGCGAGCGGUCUUUGGACUUGUGCUGUUGAGUUACCUGGGAAACCCCGGCGUCGUAUUUGCAGAGACACUAUCGGAUCGUGUGUUGGAUGCAGAUGUCGAUCGUACCAUCGGACCUCUCAUUUCAGUUGUACCCGUACCAUUCAACUCAAAUGGCACCGUGAGAGAAGUGUUAGCAGAACAGCAUCGCUUGUCCACAAAUGCAAGAAAGUACCGCCAUAUCCAUGCACGAGUCAUCCGCAAGCUCCUGAACAAGAAACGAGGCGAGUGUCUGUAUCCCGGCGUAUUUACAUUCCACUCCAGCAACGAGGUGGAUCUUAUGGCUGCCUCUGCUGGAACCGUCUGGGAUCCGAAGCCAGAUGACUUUGGGUUGGCUGUUGAGCAUCCCAUGGCUUUGAACGUGUAUCAGGAUCCUGAUGGUAUAGUCAUCCUUCAAGCAUCGUCGCUGGACACGAUUAUGAGUUCUGAGCAACUGGCCAUCUUGGCCCACCAAAUCGAUGCCUUAGUUGGCGCCAUGCUCUGUAAUCCAGAUGUGCCUCUAAAGUCUCUUCCUAGUUUGAUCAGAAAGUCUUUAAUAUCCGUCUCAGCCCCUAACUCAAGCGAUGCUGUGAAGGAAUCAUCAAAUCUGAGUCCUGUACGCUGGAUCGAGAUCAACGCUGAACAGCACCCCAUGUGGACAGCAGUCGAAGAGGCAUUGUCAAUCACCGAAACUGGAGUUGAGAAGCUCUGUAUGAACUAUGGUCAGCUCAACUCUGCUGCAAAUCAAGUUGCAGCCUAUCUCAACCACUACAAGAUCAAGAAUCGGACGGUUGCUCUGUGCUCUCGACGAAACCUUGCCUCUUAUCCGGUACUUGUUGGAAUUAUCAAAUCUGGGAAUGCUUAUCUUCCGAUUGACGAAGGACUUCCUGAUGAUCGCAAGGCGUUUCUGAUCGAUGAUGGCGAUGCUCCUGUAGUAUUCACUGAAACAGCUUUUGCCUCAAGCUUUCGGCAUAGAUCGAGCCAAUGCCGGACUAUAUGCAUUGACGAGCCAUCAUUCCAGCAAGAGUUACUAGGAUUUCCGUCCGAGAAUAAGACCUAUGCAGCCGAUCCUCACGAUACUGCAUACAUUCUUUACACUUCUGGGUCGACCGGCAAGCCCAAAGGCGUCAUGAUAACUCGAGGUAAUCUGUCUUCUUUCAUCGAGUCUCUAUCUGAGUUCGUUUGCAAGAUUGCGCCAGCUACUCUCGACCUUGGUGGCAAGGGUCGUUGGUUAGGCCAGGCCAGUCGAGCUUUUGAUCCUCAUAUAGCCGAGAUGUUCUUCCCGUGGCGCCACGGCAUGGCAACAUCCACUGGCGCACGUUCACUAUUGGUGGACGAUUUCAGAUUGACAGUUGCCAAGUUGGAGAUCACCCAUGCCGGUUUUGUCCCGUCUUUGCUUGAUCAGGCUGACAUCCGUCCCCGGGACUGCCCUAGUCUAAGACUCUUGAGUGUCGGUGGAGAGAAAAUCUCCCAAAGGGUAUUGGAUACAUGGGGCUGCGCAAGUCAGGUGGCCGUCAUGAAUGCCUAUGGACCUACCGAGCUGACAGUUGGAUGUUCAUUUGCACUGGUCAAUGAACAUUCGACCUUGCGCAACAUUGGGCUUCCCUUGUCGUCCUGUGCUUGUCAUGUUCUUCUUCCCGACAGCCUCGACUAUGCUCUCCGUGGGCAGACAGGGGAGCUUUGCUUCACGGGGGACCUUGUUGGGAAAGGAUACUUGAACAGGCCUGAUACCAAAGGGUUUGCCACCGGACCUGGUGGUGAGAAAAUGUACCGGACGGGUGAUAUCGGAAGAAUCAUGCCAGAUGGCAGUAUCGAGUACCUUGGGCGUGGCGAUGAUCAAACCAAGAUCCGUGGCCAACGGCUCGAGUUGGGCGAGGUUUCUGAGGUUUUGAGGACGUCUUCCAGAGACCCUAUUGACGUUGUCACUAUCAUUGCCAAGCAUCCUGGACUCGCACGCAGCCAGCUUGUCUCAUUCAUCGCCCGCUUAGGGGCGCAGCGAUGCAGUUCGAAGGACAUCCCGUCAGUCAUCUCAGAUGAUAUUUACACAUUGGGCAAGUAUAUACAAAGCGCGUGUCGCCGAAAACUGCCCUGUUAUAUGGUCCCAGAUAUUGUUCUUCCUGUCAACUACAUACCCUUUGCUGCCAUGUCAGACAAGGUAAACAGCAAUCUACUGCAGGAGCUGUUUGCAAGUAUGCCCCUGCCUCAAGUUCUUGGCGGCAACGAGACUAUGCAUAACGGUCUGCACCAGGGCAGGGAGUUGACAACGGAUGAAGAGGUUGUCAUAGACGCCAUCUGCGACACGAUUGCAAUUGAGCGGUCCACAAUCUAUCCGCAUACAAACAUCUUCGAGAUUGGCAUUGACAGCUUGAGCGCAAUCAAUCUCUCGGUCCGUCUUCGAAACGUUGGCCUGUCUGCUUCCGUCGCACUUGUUAUGGGCAACCCUGUAGUGGAACAGCUCGCUCGCCUCCCGCGGGACUCAAGCCCAGCGUCGGAGGCAGAUUCAUCCUCGAAAGUGCAAACGAGAUUCUCAAAGCUAGAAGCCGAGUUAUUUGAAAGCCGACCAUCCAAUAUACAUCGGUCAUCUGUAGCGUCUGUGAGACCCUGUUUGCCGCUUCAAGAGGGUCUUGUCGCACGAUCCAUGAACAGCAAUUCAGAUCUUUACGUCAACCAUAUCGUGCUGAAGAUGAACUCAUCUGUUGAUCCGGCCAGGCUCCAAGCCGCAUGGCAGGAUACUAUCAAAGAAACUGAAAUCUUGAGAACGGUUUUUGUCCCGCUACCUUCGGAGAUUGUACAGGUCAUACUUGAGCCUAGCCAUUGCGGCGAUUGGACGGAGAGGCAGUACGACAGCUUUGAAGUGGCCAUGGCAGACUUCCACUGUCGCCAGGACGCAAUCGGGCGGGAUAUUACCAGUAAUAUAGCGUGUGUCCCACCCCUUCGCAUUCUGCACGCAGUUAGCCCCGUCUCCAAACAAGCACUGGCGUUGUUCAUCUCAAUACAUCACUGUCUCUACGACGGUGCAUCACUCGGUAUGUUGCUGCAAGAUUUUGCUGCACGAUACUUGGCAGUGGUUCCGCCUCCUAAUCGAGGAUCACCCGAGACCUUCAUCAAGCAUGUUUGUUCCCAAAAUAUGGAAAAGUCAGAAUUGUACUGGCGUCAGAUACUCUCCGAUUGUAGACCAACGAUUUUCAAAAAACCUGUAUGGGACUCUACUGGGCAUGCCCACUCCACGACACUGUCACAAUCCCUCCCUGAACUCGAGAGCUGCGCCGCUGGACUGAAAUCUACGUUAUCCUCACUCAUUCAGGCGGCUUUUGCUUUGGCCGUGGCCGACGCGGUAGGCUCAUCUGAUGUGACUUACGGCGUCGUACUUUCUGGAAGGGCACUUCCGGUCACAGGAGCCGACUCUGUGCUCUUACCAUGCAUUACUACUAUUCCUGCUAGACUGCUCAUAGAAAACCGAUCUUCCGUGGAAGAUGUCAUCCAACAUGUUCACAAGAGCACCGCCGAGGCCUUAGAUUAUCAACAUACAGCUCUGCGACACAUUCAACGAUGGGUCAAAGCAGAGGGCCCCAUCUUCGACUGUCUGUUCUCAUUCAUCAAAUCUGCCCAAGAGCAGAGCCACGACUUAUGGGAGGAAAUGGAGAGCACCAUGCCUUCAGAUUACCCUAUUGCCCUAGAGGUGGAGGCAGAUGAAAAGAACAAGUGUGUUCGCAUGACUUGUGGUUUUACAUCAGCUUUCGGUCACCAAAAUGAUGCCCAAGAUUUCAUGGCAAAGAUCAAUCUGAUUCUGUCUGCUGUGGUAUCCAAUCAACCCAUGCCCCUUGAUUCUCUACAUUCUUCUUGGCCAGGCGCCACCGCCAAGAUGGACACCAGGAAAGACUGGGACGACCAUCAGUGGUCGAACCUCGAGCUCGAGAUUUGCGGUAUCGUCAAGCGUUUCUGUGGUUUAGAAGGCUUGCAGAUAUCCAAGAACGCGUCGUUCUUGAGUCUUGGACUGGAUUCAGUGACCGCCAUACGAUUCUCCAGCCAGCUUCGUGAUGCUGGAAUUACUGUUUCAUCGGGCGAGGUGAUGCGCUUUCCAUGCGUUGGGGCAUUGGCUCACAGUAUUAUUGAGAAAGCCAGGGCAGGGGCUCCAAGCCCGCCACGGUCCAACUGCGAUGAUGAUGUCCAGCUCGACGAGUUUGCAUCUCAAGUGGAACGUCUCAGUCCAGAUGACACGGUCGACUCCGUCUUCAAAUGUAGUCCACUACAGAGUGCUAUGAUCACUCAAACCAUUGGAGCCAACGGGGUUCUAUAUGUUCAUCCGCACGUUGUAAGACUCGCAGAAUCGACUAGUGUUGAUCAGUUGAGGGAAGCAUAUCGCCUCACCAUCAUGGCCAAUGACAUACUGCGCACAUCAUUCCAUCCGGCUCCCGAGAUGGACUCUUCCUGGAUUGGCAUCGUCCACAGCCAUGUCCCAGCUACUUGGCAAGAAGUCACUCUUCCAUCGGGAACCGACGUCAUCCAGGCGAUCACACCAUAUGUCAAAUUGGAUACAGAAUCGGCCUUUUCCACCCCACCAAUUCAACCCGUGAUCGUGAACGAGGCUGAAGGCAGACUCUUAGUUAUCAUCAUGCAUCAUGCGCUCUAUGAUGGCGUCUCGCUGCCCUUUAUCUUCGAUGACCUAGCUUCAGCUUACCAUGGCACCUCAUUACCAAAUCGCCCACGAUUUGCAGACGCAGUCCGAUCGCUGUCUCAGGAUCAGUCCAAAGCUUGCCAAUUCUGGAUCAAGACUUUCGAAGGUUAUGAAGUCACACCGUUACCGCGAUUCCCUCAUCACCAACCAUCUCCAGAAAUGUUCUAUUCUGAAGCCGAGAUUGAACUUGGUAUGAAGCACAUAUCCGACAGCUGCAAGGAAAUGGAGGUGACGGUGCAAAGUGUUGCCAUUCUAGCAUAUGCAAAGGUCCUCGCCAAGAUGACAGGGAAACAAGACGUUGCAUUUGGCCAAGUGCUUGCCGGGCGCUCAUCUUUGGAACCCGAAGCCGAACGUGUGGUUGGACCUCUCUUCAACACAGUGGCCAUGAGGGUGACACUAGAUCCCACAUUCAUCAGUAAUCGAAGCAAGGUUCAGAUGAUACAGAAUUUCACUAUUGAGGCGCAAAGCCAUGAGCAUGCUCCUUUACACGAGGUUCAGAAGUCUCUGAGACGGAACGGGGCGCUCAGUGCAGCUGCGUUAGUCGACACAUUGUUCGUGUUCCAGAAUAAUGUGCACAUGUUGCAGGAUAACCCGACAGAUGAUAAGAUUUGGGUGCCCUAUAUCACGGAUGACUACAUUCCCGACUCAGAGUACAAGAUGAAUCUCGAGGUUGAACAAACAGACAAAGCAAUCAUGGUUCGCGUCUCGUGCCAAGGAGAAGUCAUGGCUCAAGGGGAUCUCGACCAGGCUGUCAAGGACUUUAGUAAAGCAUUUUGCGAUAUUGUUGAACACCCCUCACGAUGCGUGUCAAUGUUCUCAGACGAGCUUCAGAUCUUACCCCUCAGUCUUGGAUCGUCUGCUGACGGCGUGGUCUCGGUGGCUGAUACAUCUGCGCCGCCUCAUGAGUCUAUCAUCCGAGACAUACUAUCCAAAGUUUCCAAGGUGUCGGCGGAGUCCAUUCAACCCGACACAAGCAUCUUCAAAAUAGGAUUAGAUUCACUUUCUGCGAUUCGUGUUGCAUCCAUGUGCCGCGCUGCAGGACUCAAGGCAGGAGUUUCUGAUGUUCUUCAGGGAAACACCCUCCGUGGUAUUUCUCUACGGGUCAAGGGUAUGCCCGAGGAGGCCAUCAACGAGGAUUCAUUUAUCGAGGACUACAGCAGUAUCAAGCAAGAGGUGAUUGGUCAGCUGGGCUUGACGCCGAAUGCAAUCGACAAGAUCCUACCCUGCCUCAGCGGCCAGAUGUAUCAUCUUGCUUCUUGGCUACAGACUGGGCGGAUACUCUUCGAGCCCGCAUGGCCAUUCUCAUGCUCCGAGCGCAUCGACGUGGAAACUAUGAGAGACGCUUGGUUCUCAUUGCGCCAUAACAACCCGGUCUUGAGGACUUGCUUUUAUGCUGUCUCGCCUUCUGAAGCCGUUCAAGUUGUGUUGAGCGAAUGUGACCGCAACGACAGCACAUUCCAGGUCAUGACAUCUACGGAAACUCUCGAAAGUCUUGCCAUCGCUCAGGCACGGGCAGCUGCCUUGAAGCCAUCGUCCCUAAACACGCCGCCUGUACGACUUCUCCUUCUCAAGGCUGGCGAUAGAGAUGGAAUUCAUAUUAUCAUGAAUCACGCUAUAUACGAUGCAUGGACAAUGCCUAUCUUCAUUAAUGAGUUAUCAGAUCAUUACCGCCGAGUUCAAUCUCCACCCAGACCUGAAUUUGCUUCAUAUAUUGAAUUCACACUGCAGUCAUUAAAGAAGCUGGACGAGCCUGCCUACUGGCGCUCAGCAAUUGGCCACAGCGCUCCCACGCUCGUCAAAUGUACUCGCAGCGGCCAAGUGGAUAACAAGAAGCCGCACAACACGCAACUGUUCGUCGGCGCUUGGGAGACAGUCAAGAACUGUGAUCAUCUAGACAGGGUCUGUCGCUCCGCAAACGUCUCCCUUCAAAGCAUUGUCAUCCUUGCAGUCUCCCGUAUUCUUGCCCGUGAUACUGGCCUAUCAAGCCCAACACUGGGUCUAUACCAAACUGGUCGAUCGGCUGCUUUCAAUGACAUUGAUCGCGUGACUGGCCCUUGUCUUAACGUGACUCCCCUCACAGUUCAAGAUGCUUUACCUGAUGGAGAGGUUGAGCCUAUUGGAGUUGGUAAAAAGGCCCGCUGGAUCCAAGACACACUAGCCGAACGAGUGCUGUAUGAACAGAGUUCGUUACGUGAUAUCCUAACCUGUUGGAGGGAGGGCGUUGAGGACACCUCACUGCAUUUGUUCAACGUGUGGCUGAACCUACUUUGGAUGCAACCCCAAUCCCAAGGCACGGAAGACGCUCCAGAGUCGACCCAAUCAAACAGCUUGUUGAAGCAUCUACCUAUAGGCGUGCCUACGGACUUCAUACCCCCAGAGCCUUUUCCGGAUGAAGAAAGGUCCGCUACAUCGGUUUCCAAACUCGACAUAUCCUACUUGCCGGAAGGAAACAUCUACAUUGACGUUGCACCUAAUACUCGAACAGACGCGAUUGACUUUGGUGUCCGUGUGCAGGGAGGUGUAAUGGAUGAAGAGGAAACCAGGGUCAUGGUGGAGCGGAUAGGAAAGGAGAUUACAGCGCUGGUUCAAGGACUUCAAUGA